GUGAAUUAGUCCCCAAGAACAAACCGUGUAUGAAUGAAUUGUUGCGUAGACCUAUGUAAGGAGUAAACUGGUUCCAAGGGGGACAUGGAGUUGCCACAGGAUCCUAUUACAGACCCAGGCGACAAUGUUUCUGAACCGGGUACUCUUUUUAAGGACACUCCGGUGAAGCUGGACAUUCAAGGAGAAGACAAUCACCAACAAACGGUUAGGAGACAGAAUUGUUGCAACACAAACAGGGAUACAUCUGGUGCCAAAAGGACACACACAUCUCAAAUCGAGAUCAUUCCCUGUAAGAUCUGUGGUGAUAAGUCAUCAGGAAUCCACUAUGGUGUGAUUACAUGUGAAGGCUGUAAGGGUUUUUUCAGGAGGAGUCAACAGGGCAGCGUGACGUACACGUGCCCUCGACAGAAGAGUUGCCAUAUCGACCGCACUAGCCGAAACCGCUGCCAACACUGCCGCUUGCAGAAAUGCCUAGCAGCAGGCAUGUCUCGUGAUGCGGUGAAGUUUGGUCGUAUGUCUAAGAAGCAGAGGGACAGUCUCUUUGCUGAGGUGCAGAAGCAUCGUAAGCAGCAGCAGGAGGAGGGGAGAGACCCCCAGCCCCCUGGGGAAGCUGAGGCCCUUAAGCCCAGUUACGCCCUCUCAGCCACAGGCCUCACAGAGCUCCCCGAUGACCUGACAGGGUACGUGGAGGGCCACACCCCCGAGGAAGGCAAGGCAGACUCAGCGGCCAGCAGUGUUUACGUGGACAUCCAGCCGUCACCUGACCAGUCUGGACUGGACAUGGACGACAUCAAACUGGAGCCCAUGUGUGACCUCAGUCCAGAAUCCAGUCUUGCCACGUUCUGCUGCUAUAGCAAUGGAGACACGUCACCCACAGUGUCCACUAAUGAGCUAGAACAUCUGGCUUUGAACAUCUGUAAGUCUCAUAUGGAGACCUGCCAGUACUUGAGAGAAGAAUUACAGCCAAACAAGUGGCAGACUGUGCUACAGACAGAAUUGGACACCUACCACAAUAAGUCUCAGGAGGACAUGUGGCUGGUGUGUGCGGUUAAAGUAACAGAAGCGGUGCAGUACGUCGUGGAGUUUGCGAAGCGGAUUGAUGGAUUCAUGGAGCUAUGUCAGAAUGAUCAGAUUGUGCUGCUGAAAGCAGGUUCUUUAGAGGUGGUGUUUGUGAGAAUGUGCCGGGCCUAUGAUCCACAGAACAACACAGUCUACUUUGAUGGGAAAUAUGCUGGACCAGACGUCUUCAAAUCACUGGGCUGUGAUGACAUGAUCAGCUGUGUGUUUGAGUUUGCUAAGAGCAUGUGCUCCUUAAAGCUGACUGAAGAUGAGAUCGGACUCUUUUCAGCGUUUGUGCUCAUGUGUGCAGACCGCGAUUGGCUCCAGGAAAAGGGAAGAGUGGAGAAGCUUCAGCAGAGGAUCCAGAUGGCCUUGCAGCACCUUCUACAGAAGAAUCAGAGAGAUGAUAGUGUUCUCUCAAAGUUAAUGUGCAAAGUUUCCACAUUGCGAGCGCUGUGUAGCCGACACAUGGAGAAGCUGAGUGCAUUUCGAGCCCUGUAUCCAGACACGGUGCACUCACGCUUCCCUCCGCUGUAUAAGGAGUUGUUUGGCUCAGAGUUCACUCAGACCUCUCCCCAGGAGGCCUGACAGAAGGGAGGUACAAUGAGACUGAGAAAUGGAAAGAGAGAGUGAGAGAGAGAAAGAGAAAGAGAAAGAGAAAGAGAAAGAGAAAGA